UUUUUUUCUUUUGCCACUUUUGUCUUUUCUCUUUUUUUCCGUCUCCUCCUCCUCCCCAAAACCACCAUCUUCAUCCUCCUCCUCCUCCUCCCUGUUUCACUUCAUUUCAUUAGUUUUACUCUUGUUCCAAUUUCCUUUUUCUUCAACAGAGACUCACAUGGAUGGGCCGACAGAGCACCUGGUCUUUACACUUCGACCUGAGGAAGAGCAUGACGCAGUAGUCCAGGUCAAGCAGGAGUUCCCGGUCGAGCGUCUGAGCGAGAACUUCACGGUGUGUCAGUGGAUGUGGCCACUCUACCCGCGCACCAUCUCCAACCUCUUCAUCGUCAGUGACCCGGCCUCCUCUAUCACUGCUAAGACCCUAGAGGGAAGGGUCCUAGUGGCAGUGAACACCUCCUGCCUCACCUCCCUCAACACCACUGAGCUGCACCCCAAUGCCUGGCAGCACAUGUGUCUGGCCCUCACCGGCGGCACUCUGACGCUGCACCUGGACGGCCAGACAUACCGCAAGAAGGUGUCGGACAUGGAGGAGUGCCGGGGGACCAUUUCGAGCACCAGGAACGUGACGGUGCAGGUUGGGAUGGAUGAUGGCCAGCUGACCUACUCCGGGCGGGUCAGUGGUGUGAGGUACUAUGACCGGGAGCUGCUGGCGGCGGAGGUGAUUGGGCUGCAAGGAUGUGAGGACAUGGCUGGGGAUUACAUGCGAGUUACGAAUGUCACGAUGAUCGGGAAUGUGUCUCACUUUGACCUCAAUGACCCUCAAAGACUGUGUCAGCCUGAGCCCAAGGAGUUUGUGGCACUGUUCAGCCUGUGCGGGCAUCACUUCCAGGCCCGGCGGCUGUGUGCGCGGAUGGGCGGGAGGCUUAUCAACCAGACGGAUGACUUGGACACCCUCAUGUACGCGAUCAACCUGUCAUUGGAUGUGGAGGACACGUCGCUGUUCCUGUGGAUGAACGAGAUGGUCACCGAGGACACCGGCCGCGUGCUGUCCAUCAACCGCCACACCCAGACCUACCACAUGCUGACCUACAGCUGUGGCUCGGAGCUGUUCAAUACCGCCUGUGUCAUGCCUCUCGGGAAGACCGUCUACAUGAAGUGCAACAACACAGUGGAGCUCACCCUCCAAAACUAUAACCGCCGGCUGGUGCUGCUGUCCAAGAUGGGCGAGAUGAUCCGCCGGGAGCCGUGCCAGCAGCUGGGCGUGGACAGCGAAACCAGGAGGUGCCUCAGCAGAAGGUCGGUGUGGAUGCAGGAGUACACACCGCUGGAGGAGGGACAAGACAUCUUUGGGCGUAAGAGCUGGGCGGAGCAGGACCCGGCCAUGGAUGGCAGGCAGAAGCUCAGCAUCACCCUGUGCGAGGAUGGGAAGUUCACAUGCAAUGACGGCAGCUGCAUCGCCCUGUGGCUGCGCUGCGACGGCGUGCCACACUGCGAGGACAACUCCGACGAGGGCAAUGUCUGCACCUUCCUCAAGCCCCCGCCACCCUCCUACUGGAAGGGGGCAUGUCCCAACACUCAGCCAGUGGUCGGUCUCAUCGCCAACGUGUUCAGGGUCACCUCUGUCUCCCUGGAUACCAACGAGUUCAAGGUCAACCUGGAGAUCAUAACGUCUUGGCGGGAUCACCGGCUGACCUUCCAGAACCUACAAAACAGCACCAAGAUCCUGCCGGCCAAGGACUUCAGCCUGCUAUGGACUCCGACGCUGCAGUUCCCCGAGGCGCAUUACGAGGACAACCUGAACAUCCUGACCAAGACCUCUGUGCUGGAAGGCUUCAAGGUCAUGCCGGUGGGGAAAGGGCGACCCGAGACAGAGAACAGCUAUGAGGUGAUGCAGUACAAUGGGUCAGACGUGGAGAUCCAACACACCAUGCAGUACCAGUUCACCUUCUCCUGCGAGUACGACUUCCUCUCCUUCCCCUUUGACACCCAGGAGUGCGGGAUGCAGAUCAAUCUUUUGCCAUCUCUCGGGUGUGACCCUCGCUGGGACACGCAGUCGGGGGGGGUCCAGGUGUACGGUGAGGGGUCCACACUUUCCAUGUACAGCAUAUCCCCCGCACGGUACAACCUCGAGGAUGGCAGGUCGGUCGUGGCGCUCAGACUCCUCUUCACCCAUAAGUUCUCGGCGUAUGUCAUGACGACCUUCUGCCCCUGCAUCAUCCUGUGUCUCCUUGCGCAUGUCACCCUCACGCAUUUCCAGCUGACGGAUUUCAACGACCGGAUUAUGGUGACGCUCUCCCUGCUCAUCGUUCUCGCCUCGCUCUUCUCCCAGCUCUCCUCCACGCUCCCAAGCUCGCCGGUCUCCAAACUCGUCGAUCACUUCUUCUUCUACUGCAUCGUCCGUGUUAGCCUCAUCUUCCUCAUCCACAGUUCCAUCGAGUUGAGUCUCCGGUCGUCUCGUAAGGCCGAGGAUGCGAAAAAGGAUACCAGUGCUGUGAUUCACGGUGAUGAUCCAAUGCUGGGAAUUCAAAUGAAGCUUGCGUGGGUGUCCGAGCCUGCCAAGGAGACCAAGGAGUCCCCCAAGAAAGGCCUCAACAAGCCGGCCAUCAUCAACAAUGCCGGAUGUGUGCUGCUGCUGGUGCUGGAUGUGGUGGUGGCAGCCGUGCUAUCCGACAUGGCCGUCAGUAGCCACAGGGAAAAGUACGACCGAUUCCAGGCUUGCAAUGUUACCCUUAGCCAAUAGAUUCGAGGUCGGGUGUAAGGGUAGAGUUUUCUGGGCAUCCACUCCACACCAAACCAUUCCUCACCCCCAGUAGAGUAUAGAAUAACACCCAUCACCUAAGGGGCAUGCAGGGUCACACAGGAUGCUCCCCAGGUCCUAUUAUCCUUCAGGGCACCAUCCUUUCUUGUAAUUCUGUUUGGCACUCCUUGAUGCAAAACCCCAAAUCAAAAUCCUUAUCCUAAUGAAGAUGAGAGGCUUAUACGUAGAAGGUAAAAUGAAGGAUAGGAGAGAAGGAGAAGGAGGAGGAGGAGGAAGAGGACAGGCACAUAAGUAGAACAGAAAACAAGGUAGAAAAUAAAGAUAAGAGAGUGCAUGUAUAAAUUUGGAGAGAGAUAAAGAAGAGGAAAAGCAAUAGGAGAAGGAGAAGGAGGAGGAGGAGGAGGAGGAGGACAGGCACAUACGUAGAACAGAAAACAAGGAAGAAAAUAAAGAUAAGAGAGUGCAUGCAUAAAUUUGGAGAGAGAUAAAGAAGAGGAAAAGCAACAGGAGAGAGAGAGAGAGAGAGGUACACUUACACAACGAAAGUAUAGAUUUUGAGUGUUAGUCACGGCAGUACUUACACCAACAGUAGUAGUGACGGUAGUAUUAGAAGUAGCAUCAAUUCUCACUCUCGGCAAUAACUUAGGCUGAAUAACU